AUGGUGGAGUACUAUGAAGCACUGGGCCUUCCCCGACAUGCUUCUUUAGAUGACAUUAAAAAGGCAUACAGGAAGAAGGCUCUCAAGUGGCACCCAGAUAAAAACCCAGAAAACAAGCAGUAUGCAGAGCAGAAAUUCAAGGAGAUUGCAGAAGCGUAUGAAGUACUUUCUGACAAGGGCAAACGUGAUGUCUAUGACUGCUAUGGUAAGGAUGGACUCAUAGCAAGAGGUAGGCCUGGGGAAUCCUCUAGGACCAACUUUGGCCCCGAAUAUAUGUUCCAUUUUCGCAGUGCCCAUGAUGUCUUCAGGGACUUCUUUGGGGGACGGGACCCUUUCUUUGGAGAGCCAAUGGCUUUCAGUGCUUGUGCCAGUGGAGGAAAAGGGUUCCGUUUCUACUCUUCGUCAAGUAACUUCAUCAAUGGCAAAGAAAUCACCACCAAAAGAAUUGUUGAGGAUGGAGAGGAGCGAGUGGAAGUUGAAGAGGAUGGGGAACUUAAAUCUGUUCUUGUUAAUGGUGUGCCUUUGGACAGAGUGUGCCCUAGGGAAGCAGGUGGGCACUGUGUUCGUGGGGAGCCCACCAGGUACAGGUCCGCCCCGGAGUUUAAUUAUCAUGAUGACUAUGACUCUGAUCCCAUCUACGAGGUGCGGACUGUGAGGCAUAUGUACCCUGUCAGAAAGAUCAGGGGCUACACGGCAGGGGACGAGUCUCCUGCAGAGGACAAUGAUUCCCACACAGACAGUGAGUUACAGACUGAGGAGGAGGACGACGAAUCCCAUAUUGAUGAAUUCUAG